AUGGCGACGCGGCGGCGCCUCUCUCCGACUUUCUUCGGCGGGCUCCGUGCCCGGGAGCUCGGUGGCGCCAGUGGCUGCUCCCGCGCCAUGGCGGGGCUCCCGUACCUCGCUGACCUCUCCUCCGACCCCGGCAUCCGCGGCGGUGGGGUCAUAGCCGUCGACCACUCAGGCGACGCCGCCAUCCCCUUCGCCAUCUCCUUCGGCAAGACUGCACAGACCUGUAACCUCCUGGCGGUCGCCGACGAAGACGGGUACGUUGGCCUCUACGACACCCGCCGGCGCCUCCCUUCCGCAUCCUCGUCACUAGAGAAGUCAGCUGAAACGAGGGUGUCCGACUGGGUUGCUCACAACAAUGCAAUCUUUGACGUGUGCUGGAUCAAGGAUGGGUCCCAAAUACUGACUGCAUCGGGCGAUCAAACUGUCAAAAUAUGGAGUGUGGGAAACAGGAAAUGCAUCGGUGUCUUGUCAGGACAUACUGGGAGCGUGAAGUCGCUGUCUUGCCAUUCUUCAAAUCCUGAGCUCAUUGUUUCCGGUUCAAGGGAUGGUUCAUUUGCUCUUUGGGAUUUAAGAUGUGACCCUAAAUCUCCAAACAGCCAUGGUGAAACGUGCCUCACGUCUUCUGCUGUUGUCAGAGAAGCCCACAGUCCCAUACAGAGGAAUCGGACCCGGUCUCGAGCAAAGGCGGCUUCAACAAGUAUCACAUCAGUUCUUUAUCUGAAAGAUGAUGUCUCCAUUGCUACUUCUGGAGCCGCAGACAAUGUUGUGAAGAUAUGGGAUACACGGAACCUGAAAGUGCCGGUCUCCAACAAAAACUCUCAAGCAGGGACCCAGCCUUUGGAGGGGGUGAAACAUGGCAUCUCUUGCCUGUCUCAAGAUUCGUAUGGUGCAUACAUUGCUGCGUCAUGUAUGGAUAACAGAAUAUAUUUGUACAGUGUUCUCCAUGUGAACAAGGGUCCCAUAAAGGUUUACACUGGCAGCAAAAUUGAGUCUUUCUUUGUCAAGUCUGCGAUCAGUCCUGAUGGAACUCACAUCCUUGGUGGAUCAAGUGAUGGAAAUGUAUACCUGUGGCAGGUGGAUCAACCUGAAAGUGGUCCUAUAGUUUUGAAUGGCCAUGAAGGCGAAGCAACUUCGGUUGACUGGUGUGCAUCAGAGGUUGGAAAGAUAGCAACAUCUUCUGAUGAUUCUACGGUACGUGUGUGGAGUACCAAGAAAAUGGACUGCACAAAUGUAAGCUCACCAACAGUGAUUCGUAAGCGGAUAACUGCACCAAACACUGAGUACCGAAGGUCCAGUACCCACGAGCAUGCUACUACAUCAAGAGAUGCAGUAGCCUGCACUAGUGGUGAUGGUGAAUUGCAAAGCGGUUGCCACUCUCCCCUUCAACCCAGAGCACUGGACUUCGGCACUCCUGAAUCGACAAAGAAGAGGGCCUUCACAUUGUUCCAGGAGGAGGCCCUUGAUGCAAAGAAGAGUCCGGAAGCUCAGAUGAGCAGUCCCUCUUCUGUUCUGAGCCCACCGCCGUCAUUCAAACGGAGAACGAUUCGGGACUACUUUGCCAGUGCUGCAUCUUGA